GGGUGGUGGGCGGUGUCAUCACAGCGGCACAGAGAAGCUCGGCGCGACCCACAUAUAAGCCAAGUCGUUUGGGGAGUCGUUCUCAGUUUGAGUUUCAAGUGCACGUCACGUUUAUCUUUGGGCAGGAUUAAUAAAUUCCCGGGCAUAGCGGAAAGAAACAAACGAGCGGCAGUUAGAAGCGUGAAAAUUUAUGACAUUUGUUGCAACUGUCGGCCCACAGCCAGGACGAGGACAGGACGGGGCAUGCCACGCUUAUUAAUACGCACUCGUAUUUAUUUAGCGACGUGUGUAACGGCUUAGAAAAUGCAAACGACAAACGUUUUAUAAUUAUUUUAUGGACUUCAAAGUCGUCAGCGGGAGCAACUCAUUCAUCCGCCAGUGGGCGGACCAGCAGUUGGGCUUAAAUCCGCAACUAUAUAAGCCAACGACGAGCUAUUUUCCAGAGCAGUUGGCCAAGAGGAUUACGAGCACCCACAUCCCUCGCACGCAGCUCUUUGAAUGAUGCAGACCUGGCGACUCCUGUUCCUGAUGCUGGCCCUUUUCAGGCAGCUGUACGCCUUGCCCACGCACUCUACCUCCGCCGACGUGGAGCUGAAUACCUGCGAGCUUCAGCUGUCCAAGUACCGUAGGUUCAUCCUGCAGGCCAUUCUCAGCUUCGAAGAUGUGUGCGACGCCUACAACGCCCGGUCGGUGAGCGGCGAGGACAGUUCCCUAUCGGAGGGGGGCUGGCUCUUCCACCACUAUGCCCCACCGCCCACCUCGCAGAGAGGCGAGAUUUGGGCCUUCUUCAAGCUGUUGAUGGCUCAGUUUAACGACGUGGAGUUCGCGUCCAUCAUCCGGGAUGCCGUCAUCGAGCGCUGCCGCAUUAAGUCCCAGUUGCAGCGCGACGAGAAGCGCAAUUCCGUGGUCCUCGGCAAGAAGCAGCGAUUCCACUCGUGGGGUGGCAAGAGGUCACCAGAGCCACUGUUCGCUGUGCCCGAUGCGGGAGUAGGCGCCGGACCCGCACCCGCAGUAGAUCGCAGCUACUAUUAAGCGGAGAUGGAGUGAGAUUGUCCCCGAGUCUUUCCGAAAAUGUAUGAAAUGCCAAUUGAAAUCCUCUAUAUAUCACUAAAUGUCUAAAUAAACAUGAAAAUUGCCAAGCGAGCAUU